UGCUGAUGCAUCAAAUCGCGCAAGAGUUUUCCUCUUCUUGUGUGAUUUUGCUUUCGCGAGUGUCUGAUUUUAAUUUCAAUCUCUUAAACUAUGAUUUGCUAGUGUGCUAAUCGCGUUUAAUCAACCUAACAGUUUAAUCAAAUGAUAUUUGUGCAUUAAGCGGUUGUGACUUGGAGCAAAACCCAAUUUCAAAAUGUCUCGUCAUCGGAAUGUCCGGACGAUGAACUACGACGAUGAGUACGACGAUGACGACGAUUACCUCGGUCAUUCGGUGGAGGACGACUGCAUUUCGCCGACGGACGCCCAACAGUGGAUGUACGACCGGGCCAAGGGACAGCAGAGCAUUUCCGCCUUCCUGGCCAACAAUCGGGACAUCGAGGAGGAGGACGACGAUGGGCUGGAAGCGGAGCGGUGUGCCGGUCUGCACACCCGGCGCGAUUCGGAGUGCUACCAGCUGCCGGAACUGAACGACGAAGACCGGGUUCGGUUAAACUCCUGCAUGGACGAGAUCAGAAACAUUGUAGGCGAAUCCGCCACGGACAAGCAGCUGGUGGAGGCCAUCAUGAAGCACGGCUACAACUUUGAUCUGGCGCUGGACGACGUGCUGAACAGCACCAAAACUCCGCCGACGGCCAGCGUGAGCUCGCCGAUCGUGACGGCGGCGGCCAAAACCAUCCCGAAAAUUAUCGAAAAAGGCAUUGGCGACCGUCUGCUGGAAAAGUCCGACAAACUGCUCGCCGUCAAGGCCCCGGCCGCGGACGUCGUCAAACCGUCCAUUCUGGUAACGCCAACGGCAAAAAAGACCGCCAACGUAACGAUGGGCUUCGAAAUCAGCAGCCCGCGCGUCCAGUCGCCCUCGGUGUCCGGCCGGAACACCCCGGAAAUAACAAACGCCAACAACCAAACGCCCAAACCACUUCCGAAGGAGCUGCUACGGAACGGGUUGGAGCUAUUCAAGAAGGAGCGUGGCGCGGACAAACAGCACAUUCACAUGGUCGUGAUUGGCCACGUGGACGCCGGAAAGAGUACGUUGAUGGGACACUUGCUGUGCGACACCGGGAAUAUUCCCCAGCGGGUGAUGCACAAGAACGAGCAGGAGAGUAAGAAGAUGGGCAAGCAGAGCUUCAUGUACGCGUGGGUUCUCGAUGAGACCGGAGAGGAACGCGAGCGGGGCAUUACCAUGGACGUCGGGAGUUCCCGGUUCGAGACGCCGAAUAAAACGAUUACCCUACUGGACGCCCCUGGCCACAAAGACUUUAUCCCAAACAUGAUCUCGGGAGCGAAUCAGGCGGACGUGGCACUGCUCGUGGUCGAUGCCACCCGGGGUGAGUUCGAGACGGGUUUCGAGCAGGGCGGCCAAACUCGGGAGCACGCGCUGCUGGUGCGUUCCCUUGGCGUUAACCAACUGGGCGUCGUUGUCAACAAGCUGGACACGGUCAACUGGUCCAAGGAGCGAUUCGACGAAAUUGUUGGAAAGCUCAGGUUCUUCUUGAAGCAAGCCGGCUUCAAAGAUUCCGACGUGACGUACGUGCCCUGCUCGGGGCUUACGGGUCAAAACUUGGUCAAGGAUCCAUCCGACGGCGAGCUGCUCAAGUGGUACAAGGGACCGACGCUACUGAAGGUGAUUGAUGCCUUCAAAACCCCGGCACGUUCCGUCGACAAACCGUUCCGCAUGUCAAUCUCGGACAUCUUCAAGGGCACCGGCUCCGGCUUCUGUAUCUCCGGUCGGAUCGAGGCCGGUGUGGUCUGCGUAAACGAUCGCGUGCUCGUGUGUCCCAGCAAGGAGCAAGCCGUGGUCAAGAACAUAACCAUCGACGAGCUGCAAUACACGACCUGUUUCGCGGGCGAUCAGGUCUCGAUCACGUUGGCCAACGUCGAAGCGGCCAACAUGGCAAUCGGCUUCAUACUCAGCGAUAUUCACGCACCAAUUCCUCUGGCAACGCGCAUCCGAGCUCGGAUUGUGGUGUUCAACAUUAAAGUUCCAAUUACGAUGGGUUAUCCGGUGCUGCUCCAUCACCAGUCGCUCAUCGAACCGGCUACGAUCCACAAACUUAAAGCGCAACUCCACAAAGGAACUGGCGAGGUCCUCAAGAAGAACCCACGCUGUCUGGGCAAUAACUCGUGCGCCCUGGUCGAUAUCGAGUUUCAGCGGCCGGUUUGUAUGGAACGGUACGCGGAUUGCAAGGAACUCGGACGGAUUAUGCUGCGGGUCAGUGGAGUGACGAUCGCGGCAGGACUCGUGACGGACAUUGUUAAAUGAGAAUGUAAGUUACAAUCAUCCUAUACGAAAGGACGGGGUUCCAUUUCAAAUCUUUAACUAUUUGCAAUAAAAAUGACAACUCGA